CAACUUCAAUAACAUCCGAUUCUUUGUACACACCGGUUUUAUUUAGACUCCGGUAUUAUUUCCGGUAUAAUAUUUUUUAAUAAAUUGGUAUUUGUUUUAGCCAAAUCGUAGACAGUAAAGUAAAUUCCAGAAUAGAUAUAAGAGAUUGGCAGCCAGAAAUCUGAGAGCGGGCGCCAUGGUGCAGACGUACUUCUUCGACGCCAUCCUGGUGACCUCCAGCUUGCCAUUGCCACGCCUCACAGCGACGAGUGUGACGGCGGGCGGAAACCACGUCUACUCCAUUCGGGUGUUCAAUGACUUCGAGGAGUUGCCCAUGGAACGACUGUUCGUGGAGGAGUUCCCGCCGUAUCCGCUGGUCCAGUUCACGGCCAGUCCCUGCGAUCUGAUCGGCUCCCUGACCACCAGGGGCGUUUGUGUGGGCCUGAAACAGAACGACGAGAUGUUGGGCAUGGGCAAUUUCAAGGUGGGAGCUGGAAUCCUGCGCCAGCUCACAGAACCCUCUUUCCUUGUUACCCAAAGCGUCAUGGUGGAUUUGGUCAUGGACAAGAAGGUGGUGGGCGUGGUGGAGCUUAUUAUAAAGCUGUCCAGCUCGGAUCCAGAUAUAAAUCACGGUCUUCUGCCGUUUGGCUGCUAUGAUGUGUGCCGUCCAGUGGAGAAAUCCAUCAACAAAAAGGACAUUAUCUUUACUCUGGGUCGAUCGGAGAAGUGUGCCACCAAUACUUGUAUUACGGACGAGCGCCUGAUGUCCCAUGCCGGUGCGCCUUUCCAGUGCCCCCAUGUCCAGGCAAAGGGCAAGGAUACUGAGGGCGGUGGUGGUGGUGCUGGCCAAAGUUGUGGUUGCUAUGUGGCAGGAAUGCAGUUGCCCAAAGAUGUAAACACGGAGAAGAAGAGGGAAAAGGCCACCCUGAGGAAACUGAUCGACGAACUGAAUCUGGACAAAAUCAAGGUACCCACUCCCCCAUGCAGCCACCAGCAGUCCCGCCAGUGGCACUGCAAAUGCUCCCAGCCACCAGAGUCCACCAGCACUGACACUUCGUCCUCUGAUCCUGGCCCUCUGUCUAAAAGGGCGGCCAGGAAGCGAAAGGCUUUGUCCUUGACGGCAUCCAGGGAGCAGCAGACUCGCAGAAAGAUCCUCGGCAAGUGUCCAGCAAGUCAGCCGAAUUUGUUAAGCGUACCGUACAAGCCACCGACCCUUUGCCAGCUCUGUCAGUCUGACAUUAGCUGGCUGCCCAAAGUCUCAGCCUGCCCCUAUUGUGGCUACAAGAACUUCGAUGACAUUCCGCCCAGUGAGGAAGAGUACGAUCUUACUGCCACGGCCCAGCAGCUGCUGAGGGACUGUCUUCGCAAGGAAAAAUGCAAAAACAGUUCCAGCGAAGAGGAUAAGGACGAUCUGGUUGCUGCUAGGCAACUGGGAAAUCAAGAAGAUCCCAAUCUGCCGAAAACCUGUGGCUGCAUGGGUGGGAAGCCAUGCACCCGAUGUCGCAUCCGCAAGCUCUGUGACAACUUUUUCAAGGAAGGCGAGUGCAAGGCCCAGAUCCUUCCUCAGGCCCAAGCCCAGGCAUCUCCGGUCACCAAAGUUGAAAUGGUGCCGAAGAAAACCCCCUCGACGACCUCCCAGCGACAACAGCAACUUAUAUCCAUCUUCACGGAAAUGCGGAACAUGUACAGCAGAAAGAAAGGAGCCUCCGAGGAGGAGGCUCAGGCGGAAAAACAGAAAAAGGAGUGCGAUGCCGCAUGCUACAACACCAAGUCGGCCAAGGCUCGGAGGAAAGCCAGGAGGUCCUUGGCUAAAGCCCUCAAGGAAAUCGACCUGGCCUAUCCCAAACCACCCAAGAUGAGUAGCAGAAAAAAGAAACAUCGCCCCCGUUCCAAAUACUACACCUUCCUGAAGUCUAAACCCCGUGCUCCCAAGCCCCGGAUAGGUCAUGUGGACUGCAUUACGGACAGCAGCUAUACCGGCUACUGCAAAGUGCCCUGCAACAUGGGCUGGAUGUGGACCAAGUGCGAAAUGGCUCGCUACAAGUCCUGGCGGCCCGGUGCCAUUUCCAAGCCCAUCCGCCAGAUGAUGGCCUACUUCCUCAAGGACUAUCCCUUGGAUAACUUGUGCCUAUCGCGCUAUCACUAUCGGCGCCGCAGGUGCGAGCCCAAGGAUCCAGAGGAGGAGCUCGUGCAGCACCCCACUCUCCAUAUUAGCCGCAAAGGCGAUGAGUACAUCAUUACCUUGCGUCCUCUAAAGGACCCCAGAUCGCUGGCCGUCAGUGCUAACCCGUACGCUAAUAUGAAGCCAGUGGUGUUCCGGAUUACCAAAGACCCCAUGGCAGCGGCCCUGCGGGAGAUGAAAGUGUCGCUGCAGGAGAAGGGAUUUGCCCCCUGCAGCUGUGGACGUCCGGUGGCCAGCUGCUUCUGUCGGUCUCAUAUCGACAAGAAGAGGAUUCAGUAUGAACUGGAGAAGCUGUGCCAACAACGAGGAUGGCAGGAUAACUCGGAUACAUUCGUCUACUCCACCAAUAGUGACGACGAUGAGAGUGAAAACGAGUACGAGUUUGGGGUUACUCCGCCGGCUGGCGUCAUCAAGCCCGAACGUAAUUGCAGGCCAGACAGAGCCCACGCAGAAACCCAGUACAUGGACACGGACUGGGCUGCACCCAAUAUGUUCCCCCAUCCGGCCAGCAUGCUCGUCCAGUUCGACAGCUGUGCCAUGGGAGAGCGCAAGAACUUCUUCCCCUGGCUCUUUGGGAAGGGAAACAUUCAUGCCCCGCCCAAGAAGCCCAAGAUGAGGAACAAGCCAAAGAAGAAGGAAAGAAUACCUUUGGGAGGCCACAGAGCUAAAGGUGGUUUUGUAGACCCCCAAUACUUCAACAACCCUACGCCUCUUAACAGGCCUUGGCACAAAUCGAACUAUCCAGAAAAUGUGAAAAUGUACUAAAUAUCAGAUGUAGUUUGUUCCAACUACGUUUCUAAAUUUAAUCUGACCGCUGGCCUGGCGCUUAGCUCUUAAAAUAAAAUUAUAGAAGCUUC